AUAUAAACAAACUCUACUUCCUGUGUUCAUUUUCCUCUUUUCAUUCUUCACUUCUCUCACUCGUCUCUCCCUACAAUUUUCUAGAGAGAAAACGAGGGAGAGCAGGAAGAAGUAGAGGAAGAAGAAAUGGAGUCUGCAAUUACCUUCUGUAAUCACAAUUCUCUCGCAUUUUCUCUCUCCAGAAACCCUAGUUCAUCCACAAAGCAUGCUGCUGCUACCAAAAUUGCUUCCUUAUCUUCUAAAUCGCCUAAUCAAUUGCUGAAUUGUAGCGCCUUAUCUUCGGCUUCGUUGACGAAGAAAUCUCCGGUUUUUCAUGUUCAGCACAAUUCUUAUGGAGGCUCGGUUCGGUGUUCUGUUGCUGAAUCAACUGCUGCUACACCUUCUGAGAAAAAGAGCCAGGUGAGGAGAAAUGACAUCAGAAACAUAGCUAUUGUCGCCCAUGUAGAUCACGGGAAGACUACUUUAGUCGACUCUAUGCUGAAACAAGCAAAGGUGUUCCGUGACAACCAAUUUGUUCAAGAGAGGAUAAUGGACUCUAAUGAUCUUGAACGUGAAAGGGGAAUCACCAUACUCAGUAAAAACACAUCAAUCGGAUAUAAAGAUACCAAAAUCAACAUCAUAGAUACUCCAGGGCAUUCUGAUUUUGGAGGUGAAGUGGAACGCAUACUGAAUAUGGUCGAAGGUGUUCUUUUAGUGGUGGACUCAGUUGAAGGUCCUAUGCCGCAAACAAGAUUUGUUCUGAAGAAGGCGUUAGAAUUUGGACUUGCUGUCGUGGUGGUAGUUAAUAAAGUAGAUAGACCAUCUGCUCGUUCUGAUUAUGUCGUCAAUUCCACUUUUGAACUUUUCAUUGAAUUAAAUGCAACAGAUGAACAGUGUGAUUUCCAAGUAGUAUAUGCCAGUGGCAUUAAGGGGAAGGCUGGACUCUCUCCUGAUAAUUUGGCAGAUGAUCUUGGACCCCUUUUCGAGUCUGUAAUCAGAUGCAUCCCUGGGCCACGUAUUGAAAAAGAUGGAGCCUUACAAAUGCUUGUUACGAAUAUAGAGUACGAUGAGCACAAAGGGAGAAUAGCGAUUGGACGCUUGCAUGCAGGUGCUCUUGAAAGGGGAAAGGAUGUCAAGGUAUGCACAUCAGAAGAUACAUGCAGAUAUGCUAGAGUAAGUGAGCUUUUUGUGUAUGAGAAAUUCCUGAGGGCUCCUGUGGAGUCUGUAGAAGCAGGAGAUAUAUGUGCUGUUUGUGGAAUUGCAGAUAUUCAGAUCGGAGAGACAAUUGCUGAUAAAACUUUUGGGAAACCGUUACCUGCAAUAAAGGUUGAGGAGCCAACCGUCAAGAUGUCAUUCUCAAUCAACACUUCUCCAUUCGUGGGUCGUGAGGGAAAAUAUGUUACAAGUAGAAACCUCAGGGAUCGGCUCUACCGAGAGCUUGAGAGAAACUUGGCAAUGAGAGUUGAAGAUGGAGAAACUUCUGAUACUUUCAUUGUUAGUGGGCGAGGAACUCUGCACAUUACGAUAUUGAUAGAGAAUAUGAGAAGAGAAAAAUAUGAGUUCAUGGUUGGUCCCCCAAAAGUUAUUAGCAAAAGGAUCGAUGACAAGUUAUACGAACCUUUCGAGGUUGCAACAGUGGAGGUGCCAGAAGAGCAUAUGGGUGCCGUUGUUGAACUUCUGGGUAAAAGACGUGGACAAAUGUUUAACAUGGAGAAUUUCGGGUCUGAAGGAACAACAAUACUGAGGUAUAAAAUGCCAACCCGUGGUCUUCUUGGAUUACGAAAUGCAAUUUUAACUGCUUCUCGAGGCACUGCAAUCCUGAAUACGAUAUUUGAUGGUUAUGAGCCAUGGGCUGGUGACAUCAAUACUCGUGAUCAGGGUUCACUGGUUGCGUUUGAAGAUGGUACUAGUACAACUUAUGCCCUCGCCAGUUCACAAGAGAGAGGCAAAAUGUUUAUUGCUCCCGGAGUAGAAGUUUACAAAGGUCAGAUUAUUGGCAUUCAUCAAAGACCUGGUGAUCUGUCACUGAAUGUGUGCAAGAAGAAGGCUGCAACGAAUGUUCGUUCAAACAAAGAAGUUACAGUGGUUCUUGAUACACCAAUUGAUUACAGUCUUGACGACUGUAUAGAGUACAUUCAAGAGGAUGAACUUGUGGAGGUCACCCCAUUAAGCAUCCGUAUGUGCAAGAACCCAAAGUUGGCAAAGAAAGGCAGGUGAAACUAACUACCAUCUGCUCCUAAGUCACCUGGGGACAUACUGGAAUGUACCUUUUGCUACAUAGGAAGAUGAGAUUUUUGUUCACAACUCCUAUUAAGUUUGAGGUUAGUAUCAUAUCUGAUAUGAUGCAAACAUUUGGACAUAAUCGAGGAUGGGGCAUCAGGAACUAUCAUAUAACGUUACGGUUAUACCAUAUUGUUUCUUACCAGAAGGUAGGAUAAACGAAGUCAGCAGCAUAAUGUUUGCCUAUACAACAAGAACAGGUGUUCUUGCGGUCUUUUUGGUGUGCAAUUACUCAUAUAUGUAUUACUACAGAUCAAACAGUACAUUGCUGAUUGUCACUAAAAAUAAUCCUCCCAUUAUGUACGAGUACUUGAUUUAUAUGAUUGCCAAUUUCAAUUGUUGGACAUGUCA